UAUAACACAUCCGGCAGCAAUAAUCUUUCGAGCCUUAUAUAAGCAAAAAAAAAAAAAUUGCCGUGCAAAGUAAGGCGCACUGCGCAUGCCUACAAGGUGGCAAUUGAUUUUGUUGUGAAACAUUUGGACCCUCUAACGGCCAAGGUGACAAAUUUGCAAACUAUUGAGACGCAAAAAAAAAUCAGCAAAACAGAUUGCUAUUUUCGGCAUUAAUUUAGUUUAAAGUUUUUUAGGUGAAUCGCGUGAAACCGAGGAAGUUUGGUGUUUGGUGCAAGAUGUCCAAAAAGCUGCCCGUUCGCACACUGAGCGAACUGACGUUGGCGGAGCUGGCUGGCACAAUAGUGGGCGCGAUCGGUACCAUGGUGCAGACGAGCCAUGCGUUCGGUAUUCCGCCCGACUACACGCUCCUGAUGGUGGAGAUCAACUCGUACAUGGACAAUCUGGGUGCGACGAGCAACAUCUACGAGGACCUGCUGCGCGUGAUCCUUUGCUCGGACUCACUCGAAGCUUCGAUGCGAUUCUGCUGCAUGCAGAUGCUUCUGAACGAUGGCGUACAGUGUCUGGUGACGGAGAUCUUUCCACUAGCGUAUUACGAGCGGAUACUACAGGUGAUCGCGGCCCAGGGUCGCGGGCUGCGCCAGCUAAACAUGAAGGGUGUUUGGGUGAAGGAAGAGUGCAUGUGCUACAUGUUUGAGAUUGUGAAGCGUUUGCCGCACUUGACCAAACUGACCAUCCCUCACAUCGCGAACGAUAACCUGCUAAAGCACAUCGCCGACUACAGCCAAGGUAUCAGACAGUUGGACAUUAGUGGCGAAACUGACAUUACGGAAAUUGGCAUCGAGUAUCUUUGCUAUGGUGAGUGUCGAAACCAUCUCACCUAUGUGGAUAUUGGUUCGCUCGGAGAGGAAAACAUUUGCCACACAGACGUGGCCCUGUUGCUGCAGAACCUUCCCAACUUGGCCACCCUGCAGUCGUACUCGUUCGUUGGCCGCAGUUUGCAGUACAUUAUCGAGAAGAAAGAUGCUAACUUCCGGUGCCGGUUGGUGUACGUGCACGACACGGAAACGGAUGCGUCCACAUUGGAUGCAAUCGUACGGUCCUGUCCACGGUUGGAGCACAUCUACCUGGACUCACCGGAGGCGGGUAUUCUGGAGAAGCUGCGUUCGGUGAAGUUGCGCCGGAUGAAGCUGUACAAAUUUAGCUCGUACGAAUUGGUUGGCCUGAUGGAGCACAUCGGCAAAGCCCUGUACCAUCUGACCGCGAUCAAGGGGUAUGGACCGCUGGAGAUCGAUCGGCUCGUGCGCUCCUGCCCGAACUUGAUUGAUCUCGACUUCUACAUGAUGGAUUCGCUGACGUUCACGGGUGAUACCAGCUUCGGGAGCCUGCAGGGGUUGGAGAUCUUGAGCAGUCCCAUACUGAAACCGAGCUUGCGACGGUUCAUCUGCCACACGACCACGCUGCGUCGGUUGGCGGUCGAUGCGGUUACCUUCUCCGACGAAGACAUCAGCUCGAUGGUGAUCGAGCACGACUUCUAUCAGCUGGAAGACGUUUGGUUUACAUCGGCACCGUACCUUUCCAUCGCAGCCGUGGAGAUACUGAUGGACCGUUGUCCGGAGCUGCAGAGCGUUGGCCAGCUGAGCGGAUGGGCACUGACGCCAGAUGACGUGACGCUACUCCGUGGGAUACUGAAAAGCUGCAACUCCUCACUGAUCAUACAGUCACUUUGAUGGCGUACCGUGCGCAACCUGCCUAGGUACGAAAGCUCGCAAAAGGUUGUGAUGUCUAAAUCGAGAGAUUGGAAUUGGAAUUUAGAAUGGUUUUUUUUUUAAUUCCUGGUGGUAAAACACAGCGCACAACGCUGAAGUGAAAAUUCACAUCUUAAA